AUGACUUCCAUGGACGCCAAACUCGUAAAAGAUCACGACAAGAAAGAAACAUCGGAUCAAAAUGCUUCACCAAAUCCAGGAUCAUCAAGUACUGAAUUAUGUUGCUUGGGGCCCUCCCAUCUGCUAUUUGGAGAUACUCGGACCACUAAUGCAUAUUUUGCAUACUUUCUGAAAUAUGUUCGGGAUGGAAUGAAUGAAGCAAUGAGUAGCGGCUCAGCAGGUGUUGUUGAUUUAUCCAUUAAAAAACAAGAGUCAGAAACUGCAACUCAACGAGUGAGAGGAGAAGUCGAAAAUGAAAAUGUGGAUACCAAUCGACUCAUGUGGGUCAUGUUGAGUGUCAUGUUGACAGUCUUGUGUUGGGUGCCGGGAAUUGUUUUCAAUUUGGUUUUGUGUGCUUGUUGUGUUGGACCAUUGCACACAGAGAAGGACCAGAGUGCUGAAGCAGAGGUUUAA